AGGACGGAAGGAAAGAGGAGGAGCAGCUGAUACUACGGCGACAGCUUGUGCCAGGCCAUGGCCGUGGUUGGGCUGCCUGAGCAGCCGCUGCUCAAGUAGGAGAGAGCGCGCAAGGGAGAGUCUCCUGGCUCCUCGCUUCCUCGGCAGAGGCCCCAAUGCCGGCGGCGGCCAGCGCUGCGGCUGUGCCGAGGGCUGGGCUCUGAGCGGCUCCCUCCUGCCUGCCCUGCUCAUUCAGCCCUCUCCCCUGCUGCGGGGGAGCGCGCGGCCGCCGACACAACUCCCAGGCUCUGACCAAGCGGAGGCCGCGGCCUGCAAGCGCCAAGAGGGGGACGAGGCGCAGGAUGUUGAGCCAGGCCCCCGCGGGCUGGGCUGCCAGGCGGACCCGCUGAAGCCCAGGCGGAAGAGCCUCGGAUGUAUGAGGCCUUUCCGCGGUUCAGGGGGUGACCCCGCCAGGCCCUCCUUCCCCUGCUGCCGUUGAGCAGGGGAGGGCCGGAGGAACAGCCCAGCGAGAGGAGACCCGCUCGGGUGCACUCCCGGCCUGGCCCGGCUCCUCCUGGUCUUUUCUCCCCCUACUCCCACCGACGUACGAACGCACACCUACUCCGUUGCAAGUGAAGGGAUGUCUUGUGCCAGCUCUGCUGACAUGAUCGAAAACUCUCCAGUGCUCAACUUCGAAGAAAUUGACUACAAAGAGAUUGAGGUGGAAGAGGUUGUUGGAAGAGGAGCCUUUGGCGUGGUAUGCAAAGCAAAAUGGCGAGGAAAAGAUGUGGCCAUUAAGCAAAUAGAAAGUGAAUCUGAACGAAAAGCCUUCAUUGUAGAGCUUCGACAGUUGUCACGUGUGAACCAUCCUAAUAUUGUUAAGUUAUAUGGAGCUUGUCUAAACCCAGUAUGUCUUGUUAUGGAAUAUGCUGAGGGAGGCUCUCUCUAUAAUGUCCUACAUGGUGCUGAGCCUCUGCCUUACUACACUGCUGCGCAUGCAAUGAGUUGGUGCUUACAGUGUUCCCAAGGAGUAGCAUAUCUUCACAGCAUGAAACCGAAGGCUCUUAUUCACAGAGACUUAAAACCACCAAAUUUGCUCUUGGUGGCAGGGGGGACAGUUUUAAAAAUCUGUGAUUUUGGUACAGCUUGCGAUAUUCAGACACACAUGACCAACAAUAAGGGAAGUGCUGCUUGGAUGGCACCAGAGGUAUUUGAAGGUAGCAAUUACAGUGAAAAAUGUGAUGUAUUCAGUUGGGGUAUUAUUCUAUGGGAAGUGAUAACUCGUAGAAAACCUUUUGAUGAGAUUGGUGGUCCUGCUUUUCGAAUCAUGUGGGCAGUUCACAAUGGUACUCGGCCACCACUAAUUAAAAAUUUACCUAAGCCUAUUGAGAGCUUAAUGACUCGUUGUUGGUCAAAAGAUCCCUCGCAACGACCUUCCAUGGAGGAAAUUGUCAAAAUAAUGACACAUUUGAUGCAGUACUUUCCAGGAGCUGAUGAACCUCUACAGUAUCCUUGUCAAUAUUCUGAUGAAGGCCAAAGCAACUCUGCCACUAGCACAGGUUCAUUCAUGGAUAUGACUUCAACAAACACCAGUAACAAGAGUGAUGCUAACAUGGAACCAAAUGAUUUUCAAGGAACUGCUACCAAUGACACUAUUAAACGCCUAGAAUCAAAAUUGGCCCAGCAGAUGAAAAAUUCAGCAAAGCAGUCGGGAGAACCUGGCCGCUUGAGUUUACCUCCAUCUCGUGGCAGCAGCGUGGAAAGUCUGUCAGAUGUUCGUGGGCGACAACAGUCUACCCUUGUUUCAGGAGAAGGCAAGCGAAUGAGUGCUGAUAUGUCAGAAAUAGAAGCAAGAAUUGCUGCUACCACAGCCUUUUCCAAACCCAAACGAGGCCAUCGUAAAACUGCUUCAUUUGGCACCAUUCUGGAUGUCCCAGAGAUCAUCAUACCAGCGGGCAACGGACAGCAGAGGCGCAGAUCCAUUCAGGACCUUAGUGUUGCUGGAACAGAAUCCAACCAGGAAAGUAGAAACAGCAGUAGAUCAUCUAGUCCUAGUGUGAGAAUGAUCACUACCUCGGGACCAACCUCUGAAAAGCCAGCUCGUAGUCUUCCGUGGACACCUGAUGACUCUGCAGAUACAAAUGGAUCUGAUAACUCCAUCCCAAUGGCAUAUCUUACAUUAGACCACCAGUUGCAGCCUCUAGCACCAUGUCCAAACUCAAAAGAAUCUAUGGCUGUGUUUGAACAACAUUGUAAAAUGGCACAAGAGUACAUGAAAGUUCAGACAGAAAUUGCACUGCUGUUGCAAAGAAAGCAAGAACUAAUAGCAGAACUGGACCAGGAUGAAAAAGACCAGCAAAACACAUCACGUCUGGUGCAAGAACAUAAAAAGCUUUUAGAUGAGAACAAAAGCCUUUCCACGUAUUACCAGCAAUGCAAAAAACAAUUAGAAGUCAUCCGAAAUCAGCAACAAAAACGUCAAGGGACGUCAUGAUUCAGUGGGACUUCAAAUUGACAAUGAUGCACAGAAAACUUUUUUCUUUUUUUAAAAAAAUAUUCGAUAAUAGGACAACUCCUGAGUGUUUCCUUAUUGGUGUGGGCUGAAUGUGUAAACUUACCUGCUGCUCUUCCAGCAUCACUUCAGUAUCCUUUUUAUUUGGUUGAACAUUGAAUUGUUUGAGAAGGGUGAGAGCAGCAGCCUGAAUGAUCAGCAGCACUAAAUAUAAAGCAAAAUGCAAUGAACUCUGGCUGUUUGCAUGCCCUUGUGUGAUGGCUAGCCUUUACAAAGUGACUGAGCGGCUGCUACAUUGUAAGAUCUUUUGGUGUUAAUGCAAUAAGAGCAAUGUAGAAACCUUCCAUUUUUUAGAAAGUUUUGUUUGUUUUUCAUCCAUGUCAGGCCAUUGGCAGGAUUUGGUCCGGGGGAGGGGGGGAUUGUACCUUCCACCAAGCUCAAGAAGUGAUGGUGUCUGAACAUUCUCCCCUUUUGAAUAGUCUCUUCUUCCACAUUAAAAUAAAUGGAAAUUGAAGCAGAUUUACUUCAUUUAUAUCCCACC